AUGUUGGGCUCUCCGGCAGACGGCGCCGCUUUGGUGACGGUCGCCCUGAAGAAGCAGCAAGUCUGCAGAGAAAACAGACGUCAAACGAGGCGUUUUGCGACUUGUCUCGCGGCUGGUGUGUGCGUUGUUUCCCUCAUUGCACUUUCCGUCUUUGCGGCAGCCGCCCCGGCCACACCCCCACCGGCGGUAAAGGAACUGACGGACGCAAGCUUCGAGCAUGACACGCAAGCAUCUACGGGAGCCACCACAGGCCACUGGUUUGUCAAGUUCUAUGCCCCGUGGUGCGGCCACUGCAAGGCGAUGGCGAACGCGUGGGAGGACUUGGCCAAAGAGCUGAGCGGAAAAAUUAACGUGGCGAAACUCGAUGCAACAAGCAACAGCAUCACUGCCAAACGCUUCAAGAUUCAGGGAUUCCCCACCCUCUAUUACCUCGCCAAUGGAAAGAUGUACGAGUACCGCGGUGAACGCAGCGUGGAGAAGCUGAAGGCUUUCGCCGAGGGCGGCUGGAAAUCUGUUGAAGGCGAGACGAUCCCCUCUCCCCUUACAACUCUCGACGUUCUGAAGGAUGAACUGAUUUCGGCUUUCCUGCAACUGCAAGGGAUCGUCUACCACGCGCCUUUGCCAUUCUUCCUUCUGUUCUUCAUCGGCAUGUUCUCCGGUAUCCUCUUGACAUGCCUCUGCAACCUGUGCUGCUCCAAGAAGGAACAGAAACGCAGUGCUGUCGCUUCGAGAAGCAUAAAGAAGAAGGACUAA